AUGGAGGAGGAGGAGCGGCGGGGCUUGCGCAUCACUACGUGGAAUGGUAAGAAUCCGUUCGGAUAUCAGCCAUGGCGUCAAGAGAGGACUUUCGCUGCGAUGUUUGAUAUUCUCGAGGCCGAUAUUGUUGUCAUGCAAGAGACGAAGAUACAGAGGAAGGAUCUUCGGGAUGAUAUGGUACUUGUGCCCGGAUGGGAUGUCUAUUUCAGUCUGCCAAAACACAAAAAGGGAUACUCUGGCGUCGCCAUCUACACUCGCAACGCUGUCUGCGCUCCCAUUCGAGCCGAAGAAGGCAUCACAGGCAUCCUCACUCCUCCAAACUCCUCCACAAGCUUCUCGAACCUCCCCAAAGACCAGCAAAUCGGAGGCUAUCCUAGCACCAGUCAACUUUCCGACUGCGCGCUCGACGCUGCCACUCUAGAUUCGGAAGGUCGCUGUGUCAUACUGGAAUUUCCUGCCUUUGUACUCAUCGGCGUGUAUUGUCCUGCUAAUCGAGAUGAAACGAGAGACGAAUUUCGUAUUGGUUUUCUGAACGCCCUCGAUGCCCGAGUACGCAACCUUGUGUCGGCUGGCAAGAGAGUGUUUUUGACCGGUGACUUAAACAUCGUUCGGGAGGAGAUUGACACGGCGAAUGCGGAAGAGCAAUUGAGGAAGCAAGGUAUAACAGCGGAAGAAUAUGUAUCCACUCCAGCCAGGCGGAUACUAAAUCAGUUACUAGUUGGCGGCAAGGUUGUAGGGGAAAGGGACGAGGGCCGGGAGGAACCAGUCAUGUGGGACAUUUGCCGGUCAUUCCAUCCGGAUCGGAAGGGCAUGUUCACAUGCUGGGAUCAGAAGCUCAAUGCACGUCCUGGCAACUUUGGGUCUCGAAUAGACUAUGUGCUUUGCAGCAAGGACUGGAAGGAUUGGUUCUGCGAAUCAAACAUACAGGAGGGUCUCAUGGGUUCAGACCACUGUCCUGUGUACGCCGUGCUAAAGGAGCAGGUUGAGAUCGAUGCCAAGGAAGUCCAUAUUAGGGAUAUUAUGAGUAAUGGAAUGUUCAAGGGCGGUGUGCGUCAGCGAGAGUGGUCGACCAAAGAUUUGCUGCCGAUGUCUGCGAAGCUAAUACCAGAAUUCGAUCGUCGUCGUAACAUCCGCGAUAUGUUCUUUAAGAAGCCCUCUUUGCCCACAAGAGAAAGCUCCUCUAAAUCAGUAGGUGAAGACGGCCAGGAAGAGAAAUCGUUGGGUUCUGGAGAUCCUCCACAAACGAAAAACGCCCCGAGCAAACCGGAGGCAGCUGGUUUAUCCAUCGCAAGUCCUGCCGCGUCAAUUGUGAAGCGGCAAGGGGAAGCCUUAACUUCUAUAACGCGACCGGUGAAACGCAACAAAUCUAGCUCAGCCUCAAAACCAGCAACUGCGGCUCUUAAGGGCCGACCUGAUAGAGGCCAGAGCAGUCUCAUAGGUUUCUUCAAACCUAAAGCAUCCCAAUCCAAUGGGGAAGAAGAGGGCCGAUCACCCGCAGGCUUGGAUGCCGAGUCUGACUCUGCAAGUUUUGCAGCUUGCGAUCCUCCAACCUCAGUACUCUCAGCCACCUCAUCGACGCCUUCCCACGGCGGACAAUCCCCCGGGUGCACAUCACAGAGCAGCUCCCUCGACGCCGCUGAGCAGAAGGGCAUCAUAGAUCCCAUAGUUUCCAAGGAAAGUUCUAAGGAGAGUUGGUCAAAGAUCUUAGGAAAGCGGAUCGCUCCUCGAUGCGAACACGAUGAGCCAUGCAUCAGUCUUGUUACAAAGAAGCCAGGUGUUAACUGCGGUAGAUCAUUCUACAUAUGCCCUCGACCACUUGGACCAUCUGGGCAGAAGGAGAAGAACACACAAUGGCGCUGCGGAACUUUCAUAUGGAGUAGUGAUUGGGUUGGAGAUGGAGGGUGA